UUUGCUUGGACUAAACGCACCUCCUUUCAACCACUGUCACUGAAUAAUCUUUACUCGUAUUUUAAACGUGCAUGAUUUGACUUAUCAUAAAAACAGGUUGAUUUAUUCAACCAAUUAGUAUUAAUUCGUAGUACCGAAAAAUGUUUUGUAAAUGAUUCCGGAAAAUAUUAUUUAUCAUAGGUGAUAAGAACAUUGGUGUAAUUAAUGUGUUUGAUUCUCUGUCGCACUGUUCAGUUUAGAAUACUUCACGUGUUAAUACAACUGUUUUCAAGAAUGCCUGGUUGGGUAGUUUUGUUACUAUUGUUCACGACUGUUACAACCAGCCUUCAAUAUUCUGAGGACCAGUACCCUAUAGUAGCAACGAAACUUGGAAAAAUUAGGGGUAACAUCACACAGUCAAGGUUGGGAAGGGUUAUUUACUCUUUCAGAGGUAUUCGUUAUGCCAAACCGCCCGUUAACGAAUUGAGGUUUCAGCCACCCGUACCUGUUGAAAAAUGGGAAGGAAUAUAUGAUGCCACAAAGGAUGGAAUGCAUUGUCCACAACCGCGUAGAUUUGGAAGCUCUUCUGAAGAUUGUUUAAUUGUUAAUGUUUACACUACUCAGCUGCCAACUACAGGUAAAAAUCCUAAACGCCCUGUAAUCAUCCAUAUACCUAGUGGAAGAUUUUUCAAUGGAGGAUCUAUCAGUACUCGACUAGGUCCAAAUUACUUCAUGGAUCAAGACAUCGUUCUCGUAACUUUCAACUACAGGGUGGCAUCACUAGGUUUUUUGAGUACUGGAGACAAAUAUGCACCCGGUAACAAUGGUCUCAAAGAUCAAGUAGAAUUAUUGAAAUGGGUCAAAAAUAAUAUUGAAGAUUUCGGAGGCGAUCCAAAUUCUGUAACAAUUACAGGAUAUAGUGCUGGAGGUAGCAGUGUAGUGAUGCAUAUGGUGUCUCCCAUGUCACGAGGUAAGUUAUACAGAACUGUUUUUCGAUGUCCUCCACUCUUUCAUUUUUCAUGCAGGUCGAUUCAGAAAAUCAAAAUUCGAGAUAAUAAAAUUGAUGCAGAAAAACUAUUGAAUUGCUUGAAAACCGUACCUGCUCAGAGAAUAGGAGAAACUUUGGAAGAUUUCAGGGAAUUUGGCAUUGAUCCCAGUAUUGUGUGGGGACCAGUGAUUGAGGGUGACUUUGGACAGAGUAGAUUCUUAUCAGAAAAUCCCUUCAAGCUCAUUAUGGAAGGACAUUUCCAGGAAGUACCUUUCUUGGUUGGUCAAACCAAAGAUGAAUUAGGAAAUAAUGCACUUCUGGAUAUCAACAAUGCCUCUCUCACUCGAGAACUGAAUGAAGAAUUCGAGAGGGUAGCCCCCAUUGUAUUCCUUUACGAAAGAAACACCAGUCGAUCUAGAUAUAUCAGCAGAUACGUGAAAAGUUUUUACUUUCACGACAAACCUAUAGAUCGAUCCCAAGUCGAAAAUUUAACAAGAGCAUAUUCAGACCCGAUUGUAGGUUUCUUCAACAACCGUGCAGCAAAACUGAUAGCUCGAUGUGGAAGAAAACCUGUUUACUACUAUUGUUUCACAUUCCAAGGACGAUACAGCAACUUAUAUCUUCCUAAGCCAGAUAACAUUUCAUGGGUUGUCCAUCUUGAUGAUCUGAUGUAUCUACUCUACGACUCGGUAAAUUUUCCACUCUUUGGUAAAGAUUCACCUAAACCGGAAGUAGAUAUGGUUGAAAAGCUCACAACAAUGUAUGCAAAUUUUGCUAGAACUGGUAAUCCAACACCACACAAAACUGAAGUACUAGAAAAUGUGCAGUGGGAACCUUUCACACCAAAAUGUCAGAAAUAUUUGGAUAUCGGCAAAAACCUGGUUGUGAAACAAAGACUGUAUCAGAGGCGAUUUGAAUUCUGGGAGUAUUUAUUUCCCUUGAGUAUUUACCAAAAGUAGCUGAUCGAUCGAUUAUGUGAAAAUAAUAAAUGAUGAUGAGUAAAAAA